CUUGUAAAAGAAAUCAUUAGAUUACAUUUUAGAGUUCAAAAUGGGAGCCAAAUCAAAGCAAAAGUCUACUGGAAAAAAAGCAAGUCGAAGAAAAAAUAUAAGCCAUUCUGAACAAGAAGAUGUUCAGGGGAAGGAGAAUGAAGUUGUGGAUGAAGAAAUGAUUAGUCCUGAAAAUCCCGAUCAAGAUUAUCAGGAGAAGGAACCAUCUGAGAUUAGCCUUGAAGCCGCAGAUAGUAUUCCUAUAAGUGGACACAGCAUCCUGCAAGAGUCCCUGGAAAACCCAGAUAAAUUCUUAAAAAUGUUUACUGCUCAUCUUGCUAAGGGGGAGUUUGAUUUAGAGGAGACUCUUCCAGUUCUGACAAAAGACGAGCAGUUAUGUAAACUAUGCCUGGACCUCGAGGUUGUAUAUGAGAGUCCUCCGAUGGGUCUAAAGAGAGUAGUUAGCCUCCAAUGCAAGCAUUUAUUAGAUCUUCAAAAACUGGAACAUAAGGGUGUAGAGGUGGUUGCAAAGUGCCUGGAGACUUGGUACAAUAAUAAGAUGGAGGAGAGGGAUGAAGUUGCCAAACCUCUGCUCAGAUAUCUUAUUGGAAGGGCGCUUGGAAAGAAGGGGGCCAAAGCUGACGUGAAACGAAUUUGGAAUCUUCACCAAGUGCUUCUCUCUCUCAGGCUGGAUGAAGGAGGAAGGAAGGAUAUUUUGCUGCAGUGUGUAGGACAUCCUCUCUUCUUAACAACUCCAGAAGGAGUAAAGUUCAACGUAUUCUUGUUCUCCUUGUCUGUUCCUUUUAUCCAAGAUAUACACAAGAAGGCGAGAACUGUUCUACCUACCUUGACUGGAAAGCAGUCGCACUCGUUAGGUGAAGUGUACCAUAAAGCCUGGGGGAACAGUGGUGGAGAAUUCCUGACUAGUUUAGAGGAUUCUAUUCAGAAUAUAAUGGAAUGCGGUAUGCUUGUGCAGAGAGGAAACACUUUGGAGCCUUUUCAGGCAAAUAAUCACACUGUACGGUUGAAUGCUACAGAACUAUUUCUGAGUGCGUAUCCUAUAGAAGAUUCUACCCAGGAUAUCUGCGUUAAAUCGGCCUUUCUAGAGAAACAACAUACACAGAUUAUUCAGCUUCUGAAGGAUAACUCGGUUGAGGUCAGGGUUGCGGCUGUUAUAGGAGUUGGUCGUAUAUUGUCUGUUUACUGGCUGAUGUUUCCGAGUGAAACUUUAAGUAAUUUAGUUGGACAUAUGGUGAGGGAGUUAUCUGUAGACUCAGACUAUAGAGUUCGGGUUGCAGUCUUUCAGAGCUUUAAAUCUAUGUUGGGUGAAUCCCAUUCACAUGUUUACUUGAAAGAAGUUCUUCCUCAUCUCAAAAGGAGCCUUCAUGAUGUGAAUGAGACAGUUCGUAUUGCUUUCGUUGAUCUUCUUCUUCAAGUUUGCAAUAUUAAAACUAUCAAGUUUUGGGAUAUAUGUGAUCUGUCCAACCUACUGGCAAGAGUAGAAAUUGACCGGCCUGUGGUUGCCAGAGGAAUUGUGAAACUGCUACUACCGUCCUUUUUCUCGGAGGAUCUCGAAGUUGGUCAGAAGCUUUCUCGUUGCAUCAAUAUGAUCAAGGAGAAUGGUCCUGCGUCCAGGAACUUCUACAUGUUGUUAAUCCAGUUCUCGGAUCUCAAAAGUUUGGUUGAACUGAUGAUAGGUAUUCUGAGCUCGAUUAGAUCAUUCCUGAAAUCUAAAUCAGCUCAGGAUGAAUCUGAACGGAAUAAUAGUGGAGUAGAGAAGAAUAAGAGACGGAAGGUUAGUGAAUUUUAAAUAAUAACUAAGAUCGGUUGUGGU